CAACUAUCGUUUCAAGACCUUCGCUUUGAUUCAGACUUCUUCAUUCUACACUGACGUCUUUUUUCAUUUUUGGUCUACUCAUCCUCUACUGCAAACAGUCACUCAUUGCUCGGCCAUCUCAUCCCCUGGUAAUUUCUCUCACUUGACAACCACCCACCAACAAGAACAGCACGCUCGUAAUGCCUGAGAUCGCCGAGGUCGCCCGCACGGUGCACUACAUUCGCAAACUCCUCGUGGGCAAAACUAUCGCCAAGGUCGUAGCGAAUGAAGACAACAAUGUUUAUGGUAAAGCGGGAUGCUCACAUACAGAAUUCCAAAAACACAUGACCGGCAAACAAGUCGUCGAUGUCGGCCAACAAGGCAAAUAUUUCUGGAUGAUAAUGUCGUCACCUCCUCAUCCCGUCAUGCACUUUGGCAUGUCCGGCUGGCUCAAGUUCAAGGACGAACACACGUACUACUAUCGCCCCAAGGAGGGAGAGGCGGAAGAACCCUGGCCACCCAAAUUUAUGAAAUUCCUGCUCGAAACCGAGCCCGCUCCGCCCGAGAACAAUGAUGGCGAUGAGAAGGAGAAAAAUGUUGAGGCUGCUUUUGUGGAUAUGAGGCGCUUCGCGAGGAUCAGACUCGUCGACUGUCCAGCAAAAGAGAUCCGAAACGUGACGCCUCUCAAAGAAAACGGCCCUGACCCUGUAAUCGACAAGGACGUUGUGACGGUGGAGUGGUUGAGGAACAAAUGUCAAGCCAAAAAAGUGCCGAUCAAAGCGAUGCUGCUCGAUCAGGCCAACAUCAGCGGCAUCGGGAACUGGGUGGGCGACGAGAUUAUGUACAACGCAAAGAUGCACCCGGAGCAGUACGCAAACACUCUGUCGGACGAUCAGAUCGCGCAGCUCCACAAGAGUAUCCAGUAUGUGUGUACCACCGCGGUCGACCUGCUGGGGGACUCUGAAAAGUUUCCGGACGAUUGGUUGUUCAAGCACAGGUGGCAGAAGGGCAAGAAGAAUGCGUCAAAUACGUUGCCCAACGGGGAGAAGAUUGCUUUCCUUACGGUCGGAGGGCGGACAAGUGCAGUCGUCCCCAGCGUCCAGAAGAAGACUGGACCCGUGGCGAAAGAGAUGGACGAGGCCGAGAUUGUCGACGGUGAAGAAGAGAAAAAGCCAAAAGCCAAGGGAAAGAAGAGGAAGGCGGUAGUUGACGAAGACGAGGACGAUGCUGAGGAGGAGGUCAUCAUGCCCCAGAAGAAGAAGACAACUGCAAGAGGCAACAAGAAGGCAGUGGUCAAGGAUGAGGUAGAUGAUGCAGGGACGGCUAUUAAUGGUACAGUGAAGGGGCAGACAGGGAAGCAAGUCAAACAAGAGUCGACCGCUACAGAGAUCAAGCCAAAACCCAAAAAGCCUGAAGUUGGCAAAGCUACAGAGGACAAUAGUGGGAGAAGGAGGUCUGGUCGUUUGAGCAAGUCUUGAAAAGCGAAAGGCACCAUCAUCAUGGAGUUACUCCAUGGCUGUAUUACUAUUUUCCGCAAAUCCAAAAAAGAACCUCUAUUG